GAGUUGUGUAUUUGUAUUGAACCUCCCUGGUAAUUAUUUAUGUAGUGAGUAAGCUAAUUUUCUGUCCAAUCAGACUCUAAUUUGAACAUACCUGGUUUGUUCAGCACUUCACAUGGGAUUGACAUGUGUUAGUUAUGCUCUUCAUUCUCUGAAUGAUCUAAUGUGAGAAACAAGGUAUCAGCUAAAAUACAGUUAAGCUCGAUCAAUUACCUGACUGGUGGUAUAGUUAAAGCAAGGUGUGUGCCGCGCCCGACGAAGUCUGCUUUGCUGUGUGUAUGACUGGAGGACCUUGACGUCGUAGGCCUGCGGAUGUUACAACAUUCCAAUUUCUGGAAAACUUAAUAAUUGAAUGGACAAGUUAUCCAGUCCUUAGUGUUUUAACUGAAGAAUUGUGCAGGCAUGAUGUAUGUGCGGUAUGAAUUAUGGGUAGCUGUGGCGUUGCUUGCUGAUUUUACUCUAGCCAGUUCAGACAGAGAACAAGUUCUUGAGAACAAUGGCUCAAAAGAAUCCCAUGCUGAUGAGGACCACGGUGGCGUCCACCUAGUGCAGUGGAACUUUGACCACGUAGAGGUACCCCUCACGAUAACACUUGCUGUCUUGCUUGUAGGUGUUGCGAAACUCGGGUUCCACAAGGUUAAAUGGUUGUCAUCUCGCGUUCCGGAGUCUGCACUAAUUAUUGUUGUUGGUACUGCACUUGGUAGUAUAACUAGUGUAUCUAAAGGAACGAUCUUCAUAUCAUUUGAUGAGACAACUUUCUUUCUAUACCUACUGCCACCAAUCAUCUUAGAAUCAGCUUACUCAUUGUAUGAUAGAGUUUUUUCUAACAACUUGGGAACAAUAUUACUAUAUGCUGUUGUUGGAUCAUUGCUCAAUUUUGGAUUAAUAGGUGGCAGUUUGUAUGGAGUUUGUGCAGCGGGAGCAUGCGGCUCGUUUGCACCAACCAUCUGGCAAUGCCUUGCAUUUAGCGCCCUCAUUUCUGCUGUUGAUCCGGUAGCUGUGUUAGCAAUCUUCCAGGAAAUCCAUGUCAAUAAUAAAUUGUACUUUCUUGUUUUUGGAGAGUCACUGCUGAAUGAUGCUGUGACGGUCGUGUUGUACAACAUGAUGGUAGCCUUCAUGGCCUUGGAUGUCAUCCCUGCCAGCCAGGUUGUUCUGGGAGUAUUUUCAUUCUUUACUAUAAGUCUUGGCGGCCUGGUGAUUGGCAUUAUCAUUGGCAUGUUGUCUGCAUUUAUGACUAAGUUCACAAGGCAUGUUAGAGUUGUUGAGCCGUUGACAAUUCUUGGAAUGGCGUACCUGUCAUACAUUAUGGCCGAGCUUUUCCACUGGUCUGGCAUCAUUGGCAUCAUUGGUUGUGGUCUUGUUCAGUGUGAAUAUGCAUUUGGCAACAUUUCCAGAAAGUCCAACAUUACAGUCAAGUAUUUCAUAAAGGUUUUGUCAAUGACAAGCGAGUCAAUAAUCUUUUUUAGUUUGGGUCAGACUAUGUGGGAUAAUGAGAUGGUGUGGAAUUCAGGCUUCAUCCUCUUAACACUUGUGUUUUGCUUUAUAUUUAGGUGUUUUAGUGUUACACUUCUAACAAACAUCUCCAACAUGAAUCGAAUUAUAAAAAUCAACAUGGAAGAACAGUUCAUUAUGGCUUACGGUGGUCUUCGUGGAGCAGUGGCCUAUGCUUUGGUAAUUCAGCUGCGUACUGGUAAUGAAGAACUUGAUCGAUUAUUUAUUACUUGUACACUAGCAGUUGUUUUUGCCACUGUAUUUAUACAAGGCUUAACAAUCAAGCCGUUUGUGAACUUCUUCCGAAUUCGUAAGCAGGAAACACAGAAGCCAACGAUGUGCGAUGAGGUUAAUCGCAGGGUAAUUGAUUUCAUGAUGGCAGGUAUUGAAGAAGUUACUGGUCAAAAGGGUGGUAAUUAUUUAAGGGUAAAAUUGGAAUAUUAUGAUGAAAAAUAUCUGAAGAGAUGGCUUCAAAGAAAUCCUGAAACAAGGGAAGCUCAUAUGAUGGCGCUGUUUGAAGAAAUAGCUCUAAAGGACCACAGAGAGCAUAUUUACGACAUUGCUAAAGCUCCACUGGAAAUAGAAGGGGCAUGCCUUAUAAAAAGAGUUUGUACAUUGGAACGAGCAAUAUCAGUUGAUUGUGGAGAACUUGAACUGGAACCAAAACGAUAUGAGGCUUAUCGGCCAAUCAAAGGAAAUUUCUCAACAGAUGAUCUUCGCAAACUUUGGAGGAACAAUCCAUCAAUAUCGAUGCACUUACCUUAUGACAAGAAUUUAACACAAGAUGACGACCAGGACUUAGCAGUACAACUAAGACAAAGGAAGAAUCUCUACAUGGAGGUCAAAAAACGACAUUCCUCCAUGAGUCGCCAAUCAGCAAUUGACGAAGUUCCUGAUGAGGAAGAAGAUGAAGGGGGAAUUGUUAUGAAAUUUGAGCCCACUAUAAAAGAGGAGUCUGAGGUUGAUGGUCCUAGUGAAACAAUGGCACUCAUGAUGCCAACUGAUGAUUCUCUAGGCCAAUCAGAAGGCCCUGAUGUCUUUGAAUCUAAGAUAUAGCUACUGUAAACAGUGGCGUAUCUAGGAGUCUUGUAAGUGGGGGGGGGCAGGUAAUUGAUGGGGGACGUAAAGAUGAAGCGAGGGGAGCUCGAUGAUUAGAUGAGCUGGGCGAUAGCUUGCAAAAAUAAGGUAUUUUUUAACUAUUUAAGCACAACUUUUUUGUUUAAAACAUUUUCAAUGAGAGAGUGGGGAGUAUUUUUUUGGAAAAGGGUAGUGCAACCCCCCCCCCCACGUGUAACUCUAGGUAUGCAUCUAACGCAAAUUAUCAAUUAAGCACUGCAAUCCUACUGCGUACUUAAAGGCUUCAUUUUGGCUUUUGUGUGAAAUUGGUGCUUGUUCAAGAGGUGGUACUUAUGUAAGAUUAUUAGCAUUUAUCAGUGAAAGUUUGUUGGUAUAUUUGAGGGAGGCGCUGAUUUGACCAAUUACAGUACAGGCGGGCAAAGUGAGGCAUUGAGCCACAUUCUGCUCUACAGAAACACAUACUUAAUUUUAGUUAACUAUUAUUUAAACUGGUUGACUCAUUCAGCAAAAUGAAUACAGUUAAACUUGCCUAAGUCGACUGUGCCUAAGUCGAAUAAUUUUUAAGUCGGACUAUUAUUUAAACUGGUUGACUCAUUCAGCAAAAUGAAUACUGUUAAACUUGCCUAAGUCGACUGUGCCUAAGUCGAAUAAUUUUUAAGUCGGACUAUUAUUUAAACUGGUUGACUCAUUCAGCAAAAUGAAUACAGUUAAACUUGCCUAAGUCGACUGUGCCUAAGUCGAAUAAUUUUUAAGUCGGACUAUUAUUUAAACUGGUUGACUCAUUCAGCAAAAUGAAUACAGUUAAACUUGCCUAAGUCGACUGUGCCUAAGUCGAAUAAUUUUUAAGUCGGACUAUUAUUUAAACUGGUUGACUCAUUCAGCAAAAUGAAUACAGUUAAACUUGCCUAAGUCGACUGUGCCUAAGUCGAAUAAUUUUUAAGUCGGACUAUUAUUUAAACUGGUUGACUCAUUCAGCAAAAUGAAUACAGUUAAACUUGCCUAAGUCGACUGUGCCUAAGUCGAAUAAUUUUUAAGUCGGACUAUUAUUUAAACUGGUUGACUCAUUCAGCAAAAUGAAUACAGUUAAACUUGCCUAAGUCGACUGUGCCUAAGUCGAAUAAUUUUUAAGUCGGACUAUUAUUUAAACUGGUUGACUCAUUCAGCAAAAUGAAUACAGUUAAACUUGCCUAAGUCGACUCUGCCUAAGUCGAAUAAUUUUUAAGUUGAUCUUAUUUUACAUGCCAAAUUGUUUUCCAUUAAUUAACAAUGUCAAAGUCGAAUUUUGUUCAA